AUGCGAGGUUGCUCGAUUCAUGGUGAACUUCUCUUUGCCCCGGACCGGGACCACACGCCGGCGAGCGUGACCCUCCGAUUCAAAACUUCCCUCCAAAUGUGGCAACACCGUGCCAAAUGGGCGUGCAGGGGCCUGUAUGGCCAAUCCGGGGUUUCUUUCCUUUCUACGCGGUGAGCAGACGCCAACUGGGCCGCCACCAGCAGGCGGCAGUAGUAGGAGUAAUCAAUGUUUUUUUGCGGCAGCAGACUAGCAGUGGCGGCGUAUCUGCGUGCAAAACCCCCGUCUCUGGCGUUUAAUUCGAGGCAAAUGCUGCGAGAUCGAUGAGGCGAACGUCCACAUCGGCCGUCGGCGACCGGAUUAUCUACUGACUGAACCGGUGUCUUGUUCCUCGUAUCCCCCUCUCGUCUUCCCCUUGUCUCCUGCGAAACCGAGCGUCGAGCGCGUUCAGACGGCGGGGCGGCGGCUCGGCGUCUGGGAUGCCCCGGCGUGUGGGGAAUUCUAUCGGCUUCGGAACCGGAACGAUGGGGACGGUGCGCUUCGUCUUCGUCCUGCUCGCCUUCUUGUGCUGUUCUUCCUCCCGAUUUGCAGGUGCCUAUGACCCGCUGGAUCCGAACGGGGACAUCACGAUCAACUGGGAUUUCCAGAGCCUCGACGUCAAGGACGCGAACCCGUACACGGUCAUGGUGAGCAUCCACAACAACCAGCUGUACCGCCACAUCGAGCGGCCGGGGUGGCGGCUGAGCUGGAACUGGGCCGGCAAGGAGGUGAUCUGGGGCACGUGGGGCGCGGAGGCGACGGAGCAGGGCGACUGCUCCCGCUUCGGCGGCGGCAACCGCCCGCAUUGCUGCCAGAAGCGGCCCGUCAUGGUGGACCUGCCGCCCGGCACGCCGUACAACCAGCAGGUCGACAACUGCUGCCGCGGCGGCGUGCUGUCGUCCCUCACCCAGAGCAACCGGACGUCCGUCGCCGCGUUCCAGAUGACCGUCGGCGAGUACGCCGCCGCCAAGGACGGCGGCGGCAAGGAACCCGAGAUGCCGUGGGGCUUCGACGUCGGCGUGCCUGGGUACUCCUGCAGCAACGCCACCAAGGUACCCCCUACCAGGAGCAAGGUCGACAAGAACCGCCACGUCCAAGUGCUCCUGACGUGGCAGGUGACCUGCUCGUACUCGCAGUACCGGGAGUCGGGGGCGCAGUCGUGCUGCGUCUCCCUGUCGACGUUCUACAACAGCGACAUCGUGUCGUGCCCGCGCUGCAGCUGCGGCUGCCAAGGCACCCCGACGUCGCCGCGGUGCGUAGCCGGCGGCGAACCGGGGACGCUGGCGCUGCCGGCGGGCGGCGGCGACGACGACGAGCCGGCCGCGCCGCUCGUCCGGUGCUCCGAGCACAUGUGCCCGAUCCGGGUGCACUGGCACGUGAAGGUGAACUACCGGAAGUACUGGCGGGUGAAGAUGACGGUGAGCAACUACAACCUGGUGAGGAACUACAGCGACUGGAACCUGGUGCUUCAGCACCCCAACCUGCGCAGCCUGACGCAGCUGUUCAGCUUCAACUACAAGCCCCUCGUUGAGUACGGCACCUUCAACGACACGGGGAUGUUCUGGGGGAUACGGUUCUACAACGAGAUGCUGCUGCAGGACGGGAACGUGCAGACGGAGAUGAUACUGGAGAAGAACGAGGGCGAGUUCACCUUCUCGGGGGGCUGGGCGUUCCCGAGGAGGGUCUACUUCGACGGCCACGAGUGCGUCAUGCCGCCGGCGGACCAGUACCCCGCUCUGCCCAACGGAGCCUCGGCGGCGCGGCGGCGGUCGCUGCUCGCCGGCCCUUCCUUGCUGCUGCUAUCUUUCUUAGCUUUGUUGGUGUAGGAUUAUUUUUACCCCGUGUAAAAGGGGAACAUAUCCCAUUUGCACAUCUUCUCCCGGAUAGAAGGUCACGAGAGAGAAACGAGUGCAAAAUCAGGCUUGUGGUAGUGGCUCAGGAAGCAAAAGGUAGUGCCAUUAGCUGCACUGCAACUAGCGAUGAUUGGGAAAUCUGAA